AUGAAAAGCAACAUAACCGUGUCAGGUGAAAUCCUGGAGAUCCAAGGCUUCGACAUAUCUCCACAGUUCACCUACCCUCUCUUUUUCUUACUGCUCUUUGUUUACUUCUCUCUGCUUUUUUCCAACAUCGGAGUUCUUGUGCUCAUCAUAACUGAGAAGAGUUUGCACCAGCCCAUGUACAUACUCUUCUGUAACCUCUCUGUCAAUGACCUGAUCGGUAACACGGUGCUGCUUCCUCAGCUGAUGGCUCAUAUCAUCUCCACAGAGCGCUUCGUCACUUUCAGACAGUGUGUUGUUCAAGCGUUUUUCAGCCACACGUUUGGAUCUGCCUCUCAUAUGAUCCUCGUCAUUAUGGCAAUAGACAGAUAUGUUGCAAUAUGUCACCCUUUGAGGUACAAUUCGAUCAUGACCACCAAAACUGUGAUCAGGCUGUCUGCGACUGCAUGGGGGGUGUCGAUAACCCUCGUUUCUGUACUGAUCGGUCUCACAGUGAGGCUGUCUCGAUGUAGAUCCUUCAUACAAAACGCCUACUGCGAUAAUGCAUCCCUGUUUAAGCUCUCCUGUGAUAAUGUGAUGAUCAAUAAUAUCUACGGACUGUUUUUCACCGUGCUCCUCUUCAGCUGCUCAAUGGGAGGCAUAGCUGUCACCUACAUUAGGAUAGCUCUCAUCUGCUGGAUCAGGAAGAGUAAAGAGCUGAAUAACAAAGCUCUGCAGACAUGUGCCAGCCACCUGGUUCUGUAUCUCAUAAUGCUCUGGUCAGGGUUUUUGACGAUUAUACUGCACCGAUUUCCAGAUUACCCAGAUCUGAGGAAGAUUGCGUAUAUUUUAUUUCACGUGGUCCCGGCUAAUUUAAACCCAGUUAUUUAUGGCAUGCAAACAAGAUCUUUACGGGAUAAAAUAUUUCAACUGCUGCAAAGAAAAGUGACUCCCACCUAACUUUUUAAGUCUGCUGUAGAUGCGUAACUCACGGCUUGAACAUAAACAUGUAUAUAUGUGUGUUUUUUCAGUAGAUCACACCAUACUGUAGUUUCUCUGGCCCAUCUGUGAUAGAUCCCAGUAUCAGGUCUGCUUCCAACAUCUUCCAGAACAGCACCAAGAACCUUGUUUUGUAUUGUGUUUUAGUUUUUAUUGUUGAAAAGCACAGAAAUCACUUAAAAGUGUCAAGUUAUACUUCCUUGAUUAGAUUUUCUGUCAUAUAAAAAAUCAAAAAAUCUCAUGAUCUGCGGCCAUAAAUCUACAUUUAAGCAAUAAUUGAUGUUAACCUCUGAUAUGACCUCAAUUGUGACUGACCUAUGUAUAUUCCCAAUUCAUAUGGCAAACCUCUUAUUAAAAAAAACCUCUGAAACUAAGAGAUCUGGUUGCCUCCUCCAUUUACAAAAUAGUGAGUGAUAAAAUUCUGCAAGUUUAAAUCAAAUACAUGUUCAAUACUCUCAGACUGUUCAUGUUUUCUGGGUGUUUACAGCUUUGAGGGUUUCCUGUUGGAGGCCUCAGACGCUCUUUGCCUCGGCUCUCUUUUUAAAAAGUCAAUCCUGGGUCUUAAGAGGUUUUGUCCUCCAAUUAUUCUGCAAUGCCCCUGGUCUCCAAACCAGACAGAGAUUAUUCCGGUGUUUCAUUUAUAA